CAAAAAUAAAUCCACGGAAUAAUAAACCACACAUGUUUCUCUAAUUAUUUCAAUUACUGAUUAUUAUUAGUUUCCAUCCAACAAAAUGAAUGAUGAAAUAUUGACAAUCUGGGUCGGGAGGUUAAAGCGAGGAUUUCGAUGAUCGUAGGGAAUUUCCUGACAACCCAGUGCCUUCAGGAUCGAUUUGGGUUUUCCCGAAGAGACGUAGACUCGGUAUUACCCAUUACCUCAAGUAUUCUCAAGUACAGAGAGGCGGAUGUCCAGCCAAUUGAUGCUAUUACGCAAGAGCCUAGGUGGCCAACAGAGUGCAAAGUGAUUCAAGAAAGAGUUCGUCACAUCGAUUACUCACCACCAAUGCCUGAACCUUAUUAUGUGCCAACAGGAAAGGAACCAAAGCCCAAACCCAUUAGUGAAGACAUGGGGACUGUGAUUUAUGCUUAUAAUCCCAUGAGUGCAACGAAUUAUUUUAGCAGAUCCUGUGCGGGUGGAACGGUGGUCUUGACAUCUUCAGAUAUUUAUACAUCCCUGGAAGAGCCUGGAGACACGAAUCCAUCGACUGGAUCAAAUGCCACAAGCGAUUUGAAAUUUGAGUCUCGUUUCGAGUCUGGAAAUCUGGGAAAAGCCAUUAAAAUCACCGAUACGUACUAUCAGCUGCACCUGAGGAAGGACUUGUACACCCAGAGGCACAUGCAGUGGUUUUAUUUCCGAAUAUCCAAUACCAAGAGCAAGACGAUGUACAGAUUAUCAAUUGUGAAUUUCUGUAAAGAGGAUAGUCUGUACAAUGAGGGCCUCAGGCCCCUCUUGUAUUCCACAAAAGAUGCGAGUCUUCAUGCUGUUGGAUGGAGACGAUGCGGUGAUAAUAUAACUUAUUACAAAAACGAUUCUUCGGAUGAAGAAAAGGAAAAACAUACUCUAACAUUCAAUAUAACAUUCCCACAUGAUCAGGACACGGUUUAUCUUGCUCACUGCUAUCCCUACACCUACACAGACUUGCAGGAAUAUCUAACAAGAAUAUCCAGCGAUCCCGUAAAGUCUCGUUUCACGAAAUUACGACUGCUCUGUCGAACAUUAGCUGGAAAUAGUGUCCACUAUUUGACGAUAACAGCCCCAAAUUACAACGACGAGGGCCGAAAGAAAAAAGGAAUCGUCAUAACAGCAAGGGUUCACCCUGGGGAGACACCCUCAAGCUGGAUGAUGAAGGGAAUCAUCGAUUUUCUCACUGGCGAGUCCAAUCAGGCGCGAGAACUCCGGGAGAGAUUCAUAUUCAAAUUGGUACCGAUGCUGAAUCCAGACGGAGUAAUUGUCGGUAACAACAGGUGUUCACUCUCUGGAAAAGAUCUGAAUCGUCAAUAUCGCACUGUUAUGCGAGAGAGUUAUCCCUCCGUUUGGCACACGAAACUCAUGAUAAGGAGAUUAAUGGAAGAGUGUGGAAUUGCUAUUUACUGCGAUCUCCAUGCACAUUCGAGGAAACAUAAUAUAUUUAUUUAUGGCUGCGAGAGCAAGAGAGCUGGAUGCUAUGGAAAACUCACAGAGCAGAUUUUUCCACUGAUGCUGCACAAAAAUGCUGCUGACAAGUUUUCCUUCGAGAAUUGCAAAUUCCACAUUGAAAAGGGGAAAGAAGGCACCAGUAGGGUUGUCGUGUGGCUCAUGGGUGUGCAAAAUAGCUACACCAUGGAGGCAUCGAUGGGUGGAUCAAAAUUAGGAUCUAGAAAUGGAACCCAUUUUUGCGCUCAAGAUUACGAGCAAAUCGGCAAAGCAUUUUGUGAGACUCUCCUCGACUUCUCCGACGAUGACCCAACGAAGGAGAGAUUGCGUAACAAAAUUUUGGUUCGCCUGAUGAAAGAAGGAUCUAGUGCUGACGAACCCACGAACAUAAAUCUCACUGAUUACUCAAGUGAUGAGGGCGAUACGUCAGAUAGUUCGUCAGAGGAAAUGAAAUUAGGGACGAGUGAGGCGACUAUUUUAUUGGAUUCCGAAACCUCAGGGGAUUAUCGAUCUCACUAUCUGUCAGUACCACCACCAUCGCCACAACUGCCAAGAUCCAGGAAUUCAAAUAAACCGAGGAAAAUUAGGAAAAAGACGAAAAUGGAAGACAGCAGAAACAUACGACAAAAAUUACUAAAUCGUCGGUCUGUGAUGGAUUUGCCAGCGACUGACCCGGGAAGCGACAUGUGCUGUGACUUGACAGAUUCAGCUGAUGAAUAUUACAUGACAGCACCACUGGAAAAUCCGAGGAAAAGCGCAAGCCUGCGUAGGAGUUUCAAAGAGACUUACUCAGCUAUUGAAAAGCGAUACGAGGUGGAAAAAAAGGAAUACGAGACCGAGACUCUUCCAUUAUUGAGACCCCACACCCUGGCCUUCGUCGAAGAGUCUGUCAGCGAGAAAAUCACCUGCAAAGUUCCUCGGAGAACACGAGGCACCCAGCCCCCUAGAUUCAUGAGGUAUUUGUCUCCAAUACUUCCUAGAAGCCAAGACGUCCAGAUCAAAUUGACAUCUUUGAGACAACAGAUAUGGACUGGAGUCUCUGAUAUCGAUUGCAAUCAGGAUAAUGAUGAGUUCAGGGCUCCACUGAGCUGGGGAGUUUCCCAACUAGCCUUGAUGUGUCAGAAGAACAGCGAGGCACUGCUCAAAUCCUGUUCGAAGAAAUUGGAAUCGCUGAACUCCUCCGGCAAGUCUGACACGAAAAAAAGUAAGAAGAGCACUCGUAACUCAGCUCGAGCCCCGAAGAGUCAAGCGAGUGAGGAAAAUCCGGAGGACGAGUCCCAGAAGAACCCGCGGAAGAAGAGAAUUCGAUUCAAACGCCAGAAAGCCGUGAUUUCGGGUUCGAAUCCACUGGAGGACCAGCAGCCAGCGCCAGCCACCGAAACGGGGGAUUCCCUGAAGCUUUUUGGAGUGGGAAAACUGCCGAAGCCCCAGAAGGCCAAACCCGAUCCUAAGAAGAAAUUCCGACGCAGUGGAAUUGUUGCGACGGCCACUAUUCACGUGGCGAAAAUAAAAAAUAAACCGACUGUCGAAAAUUUCACCGACAGCUCAAGCUCUGAAGACGUUCCAACAACGAGCACUCGUCCGCGCACUAAUAAAAAGAAGAAGAAGCCCUCGUUACCGAAAAAACGAGCAUUAAGUGCUAAUUAUUUGCUCAGUGAUAAGUCGUAAACAGAAUUGAUUGUUGAUAUUUAUGGAGUAAUUUUAAACAACGCACUGCCCCUGUUGCUAAUUAACAAUGCUAAUCACGAAUAAAUUCAUUGGGAUCGAGAUGUUCAAGUACCU